UUCUGUAAAUUUAUCGUCUCCAUUGCAGGAUCAUCUGGAUAAAUUCGCGGCCGGAAUCGGCUGCUCUGGAAGGUUCUGUUGUUUGCGUAUUAGCUGGUAGAGUCGGAAUUUUGGAUGAUUCAUGUUUCGAAGGGCGAUGUAAGGAAGGGGCUAGGUGUUGGAAGAGAGAUGGGAGAAGUUGAGCUUGAAGAAGGAGAGGCUUUGUAUUAUGGGAACAAUACAAAUAGCGGCUAUAAUGAUGAUUCGAUCAUUGACCCUGAUAUUGCUCUCUCCUACAUAGAUGAGAAACUUCAGCACGUUUUAGGGCAUUUUCAGAAGGACUUUGAAGGAGGAGUCUCUGCUGAGAAUCUUGGAUCAAAAUUUGGUGGGUAUGGCUCAUUUUUACCCACUUAUCAGCGCUCUCCGCCUGCGCCUGAUAUUAAGACUGCACCAGAAGUCCAUAGCAAUAUCAGGCCCAGAUCCCCCAAUCUUACGCACUUUGAGGGUGGUGGACAAAAUUCGUUUAUUUCAUCAAACACUUCUGUAUCAACAAAGUCUCGUCCAACUUCCACAAAUUCUCUAUUGGUACCUGCGUCCAGGGUUCCUGCUCCAAAUCCAGAAAUCAACUCUUGCAUACCCCCUACCCGGCCUGAAGAACAUGCUUCGGUAUGUAGAACUCUCAAGAAGCCUGCUGAACACUCUGACCUGAAAAGUCUGAAGGUGCGCAUUAGAGUUGGGUCUGAAAAUCUGUCAACUACAAAAAAUGCAGAGCUCUACAGUGGACUUGGCCUUGAUGCGUCUCCAUCCUCAUCCUUAGAUAAUAGCCCCACAGAUAGUCAAGGUUUAUCUCACGACAUUCAGGAUGCCCCAGAUGAAUCGCCUACAAGCAUCCUCCAGAUUAUGACCUCAUUUCCCAUGCAUGGAGGCUUACUGCUAUCACCACUUUCCGAUGAUUUGGUUAACCUGAAGGAAAAAGAUCUUCACUGGAGAAAAAGUGGAUCUAAACACAUGCAUAAGACUAACUCAGAAGCUUCUGGGCCCCUGUUAAAUGGAUCUGAUGGCACUAGGGGAAGUAAGAAAAUCUUGGGUGAGAGAAAACAGAGUUUACAUGAGAAAGAUGUCAUAGGGAGUGGAUAUGGAAGUGACAACCAGAAUUGUGUAGGAGUAUCUUCAAAUAAGGAAAGCAAUCAUGGAAACUUGGCGUGUGAAGAAUCUCUAUCUCAAACUUUGAAGCAGCCUCUUCUGUCUAACUCAUAUAGUAGUGUCUCUCAAAUGACAGUUGGUCCGAAGAAAAAUGACAAUUUGACAGCCAAUGUUCGUGGUAGUGUGAAGGAAAAAUCCAUUGGUCAUACAACCAAGGAAGCCUUGGAGCCUGUUUCAUCUACAGAGAAAAAUGACAGGAUGAUGAAAUCUCAUGGAAUCAUUAGUUCAUCUGCAAGGGGUUUGGGAAGUGAAAAAGCAAACAAUACUGAAUGUGGUCCAAGUUUUUCAAUGAAAGAAGGAAGUGAUUGUGUGGAACGUAACAAAGAUACAGAUGUUCCAAACAUUGACACAGAUAGUGUUUUGAAACCUUCAGUUGCUCCCAAGCUCAAAUCAAACAAUGAGGCUGGGACGAGGCUGGUUAAGAAACAAGUGUCAUCUGGAGGCAAAAAGAAAUCUAGAGGGACUCGGAUUCAUGAUGCCUAUGAGGGGAAGAUUCUGAAGGAUGGUUUGGUAACUGAUUCUUCUUUGGCACAUAAGACUAAAAGGAGCUCUUCUGGGAGCACUGGUAGAUCCAGAAGUGACUCGAAGAGUGUUAAGAACCAUUUUAAAUCUAGAGAUGCAUACGCUGAAGUAUUUGGGAGCCUAGAAGUUGAGCAAGAAGACGAUAAGUUUUGUUCAGAGAGAACACAGUCACUGGAAAUGUUGAAGGGUUCUGAUGUCAAAUGCGAGAAUAACAUGGUAGAAUUUUCUGAUGCAGAGAAAGUGGUAUCUGAAGCUUUAGAAGGUGAGAAGCAGUUUGCACCGACACAGCAUACUAGCUUAGUCUCAAGCAUGAAGACUAUCACUGGAACUGAACACAAUCCCAUUUCUGCUUCAAUGGCUGAGGUUCCAGUAGUUAAAGAAGAUUGGGUUAUGUGUGACAAGUGUCAAACAUGGCGUCUACUUCCACUUGGAACAGAUCCUGAAAGCCUCCCCAAGAAAUGGCAUUGUAAAAUGCUUCAUUGGCUGCCGGGGCAUAACCGAUGUGGUAUCAGUGAGGAAGAGACAACAAAGGCCUUGAGAGCCUUGUACCAGUUUCCUACUGCUGUCGUUACUAUGUCUACUUCCGAGACACAAACACAUAAUCAGAGUGAUUAUCCUGAUAGGAACCUUUCAGGAGUUGCUUCAUUUGAUGUUUCUCGUUCAGGUUUGGAGAACAAGUAUAUUGGUUUACAAGUUUCAGAUGCUAGUGGUAAGAAGAAACAUGGAUCAAAAGAUUCUUCAAGUGAAAGCAAACAAGCAGGUCUUAUGCAGUCUUUGAGCAAAAUCAAUCACUCUAAGGGAAUAUCAAAUGGAAGUUUCAAUGACAAUGUCCAGUCCCACGCGGUUGAAAAUGGGCAUAAAAAACAUUCCAGACAUUUGAGUAUUUCGGAGAAGCAGAGCAAUAAAUCGAAAGAGAGAAGUCAGGUUCUUGACAGCAGCCCUUCUGAUGGAGGUGCAAAAAACACAAAGACAAAGAACAAGUCAGAAACUGGUUUGAUUAAUUCUAGAGCCUCUAAAAAGGUGAAAAGUGAUGGCUUAUAUUAUGACAAUGAAAAUUGGACCGUUGGCACUGCCGGGGAAAACACAGGACAUAGCUCAAGCAGUGGUAUGACAAAGACUAUGUCAAUGAAGGAUCGACAUAAAUAUAAAGACUCAAAAGCUUCAGAUAAUGAUCCCCAUAUCCAUAAUCCUGUUAAUUCAAGUGAUGGAUCACUGCAUGGGAGGAAGUCUGACAGUAAGGACUCUUCUAAGAAGAGGAAGUUUAAUGAUCAUUCCCAUUCAGAGACCUACAGUAAGUCAGUUCCUGGUUUAGAUAGCAAAUUCCACGAUUCUUUUGAUUUACACGAAGAAACAUGUGAAAAUGGCCAAAGAAAAGAAAAAGCAGCAAGGGUUUCCAAGUCUGAGGUAAAAGAGUCUAAUGGAAACAGAUCUAAUGAUGGAAAAGACGAUAGGGGCAUAAUUAAGGACCAGGAGACAAGGCAUGAUCAAGUCAUGGAUUCUUCAAAAAGGCCUUUGGGAACGCUACAACCUUCCAUGGCUGCCACUUCAAGUUCUUCCAAAGUAUCUGGGUCCCAAAGAAACAAAAGCAAUCUCCAGGAACUGAGGGCUUCUCCUGUAGAAUCAGUGUCUUCAUCUCCUCUGAGAAUUCCUACUGCAGUUGGAGAAAGUGGAAAGGGUAGUUAUCAGUCUGGGAUUGAGAAGGAUAGAACAUGGAAUGAUGUACAUAAUGCCUCUCAUGAUCGGCAAGAUGUGCUAUCGGGUCAUAUACCCAGUGUUAAGAUGAACCCAGACACUGCAUCUUCUGUUAUUGAAGCAGAUGAUGAAAAUAAAAUUGUAGGAACUUUACCUCAACGUGACCAGAAUGCUUUCUUAACACAUAAUUCCGAGCAAGGUAAAGACGAGGGAAGGAGUAAUGAUGGUCAUCUACAUGAUAAUAGUGGGACCACUAAGAAGAAGAAGUCUGGGAAGGGUUCGUCUUCUAAACCUAGAGACAAGAAUAAGAGUUACAAAUAUGAAGUUGAUAGUUUUACUGUCAAUGACUCUUUAGAGAAAAUGCCUUCUGGGGAAAAUAUUAGGGCUGUAAAAAAUAAAUCUCUUGAGAAAACUGCUAAUCAUUCAGACACUCUGGCAAAAGAUCACAAUGACACAUUGGUGAAUGAGAAUCAUAAAGAAGUUCACUCAAAGCUUGUUGGCAAUAAUGCUAGAGAUGUCAAGGUAGAAAUUGUUUCUGGAUUGGACAAGGAGCAGGGUCCAGUUCCAAAUAGUGGAGAUGAAAGAUCUUGUAAGAAUCCUAUUUCUGACGGAACUAAUGAGGUUCCUACCUCUGGAAAAGCGAAGUCACUUCAACCUUUACCUUCCAGAAGCCAAAAUGAAACAUCAAAAUGUCUACAGUCAAUUCCUGGGUCACAAAAGGAACCUGCAAAAUUGUUGUCAGCAGAUGAAUGUGAAGAUGAUGCUUCAAGGGCUAGGCAUGGUAAGAAAGAUCAGACCCAGACUAGCGACCGACCUAGUACUUUACGACAUUCCACUCCAAUCCUUAACAAGGCCCGUGAUCUCGAUGCUCCCUCUCCAAUUCGCAAGGAUACCCCCAAUCAAGCUGCUGCAAAUGCUGUAAAAGAAGCGACAAACCUUAAACACCUGGCGGAUCGUCUAAAGAAUUCUGGAUCAAGUGACAGCACGGGACUUUAUUUCCAGGCUGCGUUGAAGUUUCUCACAGGAGCAGCUUUAUUUGAGUUAUGCACCACUGAUAGUAUGAAACAGAUUGAAAUGACUCAGUCGGGACAAAUUUAUAGUAGCACCGCAAAACUCUGCGAAUUUUGUGCUCAUGAAUAUGAAAGAUCCAAGGACAUGGCUGCUGCUGCGCUUGCUUACAAAUGCAUGGAGGUUGCUUACAUGCGCGUAAUUUAUUCUUCACAUUCCAAUGCAAAUAGAUAUAGAAAUGAGUUGCAGGCAGCUCUGCAAAUCUUCCCCCCAGGUGAAUCCCCUUCAUCUUCUGCAUCUGAUAUUGACAAUUUGAACAAUCCACCCGUCGUAGACAAGGGUGGUCUAGCCAAAAGUGUUGGCUCUCCUCAAGUGACUGGAGCUCAUGUUCUGACAACGAGAAAUCGUUCCAAUUUCACACGUUUACUGAAAUUUGCACAAGAGGUUAGCUUCGCAAUGGAAGCCUCUAAGAAAUCAAGGGCUGCUUUUGCAGCUGCAAUUUUAAAAAUAGGAGAAAACGAACAAAGUAAAGAUGGCAUCUCAUCUGUUAAAAGGGCACUAGAUUUCAACUUCCACGAUAUGGAUGGAUUGUUGCGUCUUGUUCGUGUAGCAAUGGAAGAGAUCAACCGCUGAAGUGUCAAACUGUGAAUAAUAAGGGUGUUUGUUCCAUUCUACUGUCAAUUGAGGAAAAGGAUGUCAUUGGAUCAUUUAGUAGAGACUUUUGACCGACGUGAUUCAUCUUUUAACUGAGCGGGACAUCUGUACAGCUAAUAGCCGCCACAUUCGUAGUUACUAUGAUGUUUUUAACAACUGCUGUGGCUCCCUCCAUACCUGAAUAAGGAUCAUGAAGGGAGUAAAAAUCACCGUGGAAGAAAUGAUCCGUGAUCCUACUAACUUCAAGCACCAGGGUGGAGUCAGGUAACUUGAUAACAUUUCUGGAAAGAAAAUCAUGGAAACAAUGCUGGAGAAAAUGGUAGAAGUCUUGGAUUAGACAUUAUAUCUGAACCGGUCAAGAGGGGAUGAUGGAAGAUCGAAUAAGAUGACUGUUUCUGAGAGAGCAAUGGUCAAGAAGUAGUUCAGAUGCAGAGGAAGAACCAAUCUUGUAGUUGGCAAAAAGAAAUAGUUCCAACCUCACACAGCCACUGAAUCUUGCGCACGGAGUUUGUUCAGCAAUGAACUUCCAGGAAACCAAGGGCAAAAGAGCUGACAUUGCAAAAAAAUAAAAAUAAAAAAGUGAAACAAGAAAACUCAUUUCCUCAUAUCCUAGUGUUGCAUAUAUAGAGUUGAGUUGCAGGCAAGUUUGCUAACCUUUCCUCUGUGGGUAGAAAGUUCUUCUCAUAGUAUAUAAUAUUACUUGUCUAUUCAAUUUUCCCUUUUUGUAACCUUAUUGAAUUUGUAACCUUACCUGUCUGUAAGCUUAUCCGAAAGUCAAUUUGUAAAUAUAUUAUUGCCCUUUUUUUUAUUAAGGGUCCGUUUGGUAUACGGAAUUGAUGGAAUUGGAAUUGAAUUGGAAUUGAAAUUCCAUGGGAUUCAAUUCCAUAGAAUUGAUUUCUGCCAAUUCCAAUUCAUUUUUUGCACUAUCAAUUCCAAAUCCACAUAAUUUUUGUGUUACCAAACACCAGAAUUGGAAUUGAAGUCCUCAAUUCCAAUUCCAUAAUUUGAAUUCCGUGUACCAAACGGGGCCUAAAUGAAAACAUGGGGGAUUGACAUAUGAGAGAUAACUUAGAUCGGCCAGCAGGUUACAAGCUUUUUGAUAU